AACGUAUUCGUGAAUUGAAAUCGAUGGUUUCAUCAACCGAGCAAAAAUUUCGGGCCAUUGUCACCGAGAUUGAUGAUAUACGUUCCGGGAAGUUGGAUACACUGCUUGUUGGUAUGCUGAAUGAGGAACAAAAGAAGGAAGCGUCCGAUCAGCGAGAGAUGCCUUUGGAGAAAGAGGGACCUGGUGAAGAAACGUCCAAGAAAACCGCAUCUUCCGAGGUUUCCUCAUUGUCGACACAACUCAAUGAACAACAGUCAUUGGACGAAAAAAUGGAUGUCAACGAACCGGGGAAAAACGAUGAAAACGUGAUUAUCGAGGGUAACGACUCAAAACCUUCUCUUCGGACUCAAGAAGGAAAGAUCGCAGAAGGUCGGGAAGGUUCUAAGGAUCACGCUGAUAUCGAGAAAGCUCAAGUACCGGAAAAAUCGGGACACAUAGAAUCUUCGGACAGCGUUCUAGGCACAAUCAAUAUGGAGAUAGAUCGACCACAGACCCCAGGACACGAUACCGUUGAAGAUGCGGCGUUUGUUCAAUCACCGCCGACACCGCUUGAUGUAGAAAAUAAUGAAUCAAAGGAAGUCGACGAGGAUCUCAUUUCGUCAAAAAGUCCUGAAGUUGUGAUCGAAGAGAACACCCCCACAAACGCACACCAUUCAGCUGAUGAGAACAUGGACACGAUAAUGGAGAUCGAGGAAGGUUCCUUUGAGGGACAGGGAUCGGAUCUGGGCCUGGAAUCGGGCAAAAAUGAUCAGGUCAAGGAGAAUAAUACGGAUUCUCGAACCAUCACCCCAGCACCGAGUCCACCAAGCCCGCCACAACACUACACCGGAAAACUGAUGUUUUCGCCGAAAGAAAUCACAUCCCAGGAGAACGAGGAAACCUUGGCUCCUCCCGAAUCGGACAAAGAUGAAACGGAAUCCGUAGAAAGUUCCAUUGGAAACGAAAAUGUCGUUACCGAAAUGCCUGAUAACAUUCCUGUUUCGGAAGCCGAAGCGACGGAAAUCACGCCAAAUCAACGUGCGGACACGAUAAGUUCAUUAGAUAAUGAGGAGGAAGUGGAAGAGCUAGGAUCCCCGAUGGAAGAAGAAUUGGCAACGGGUUAUGCACUGCCUGCCAUAAAUUCGGAAAACAAAGAGGAAGACAUUGAUGACUCGCGAAUGGUGGAGGCAUUAUCACAUCAUGAGGAGGAUGGAGAAGACAUAAAAGACCCGGUGAAAGAAGAGUCACCGGUCAUCAAAUCAGAAUUCAAGGAGCCAUUAAGCCUCGUUGAUGUGACGGCAAAUACGACGGGACCACCAUCGACUCCUGAUGCCGCCGGCAGUGAGAUCGAAACGUUCGAAAGCAUCUCACUUGACGACAAGAGACAGAAGACGUGGAUGAAGCUAGUCGGGAUGAUCAUGCAGGAAAUUUCAAACCAUCGCUACGCCAGUGUUUUCCAAAAUCCAAUCAGAGAACAAGAUGCACCUGGUUAUUAUGAUAUCGUUAAACAAUCGAUGGAUCUGAAGACACUGAAGAAACGUCUUCGUGACGGUGUUGUACACGACACGGACCAAUUUCACCGUGAUCUCAUGCUGAUGUUUAUGAAUGCGUCGGUGUUCAACGGGAAGGAAACGGACAUCCACCAGAUGGCAACCGAGAUGAAAGACUUUGUUGAAAACUUGAUCGCGGAUUUCAGAAGGAGCGAGAGCUCAGGAAUUUCCGGAGGGGUUCACGAACCCGCGACGAGAAGAAAGAGCAUGGCCCUAGAGGCGAAAGAAACAAUUUUUGCGCCUAAAGAUGAACGGCGAAAUGAUAGUGAUAGACUCGGUGCGGGUUCAAACGUUGUUGUUCCACAGUCAUCCGUCGAUGUAUCCGAACAACGGUCGACCUCCAAAAGGCGAAAACGAAGUUCGAUAUCGAUCAAAUGA